ACGGCCUCCCCGUCCCUCAAACAGGACUUGGAGUCCCGGCUCAACCAAACGCAGCUGUAUUUGUCGGGAAACGGCGACUCAUCCGCCGUUACGAUCGGUCUACUGAAACAGUCGACCGAACGACUGGCCGAUAAUCUGUUGGCCGUCACCCGGAGGUUGGCGCUCGAGUUGGGAACUAAUGUCCGGUCGUUAAGCCUAAAGACCGAUAAGUCGAUUGCCGUCACAUUCUUCAUGGACUGCGGUUUCAUCAGUGGUGUGACUCUCGAGCGGAAGUCCAGGGAUAAUAAGGGGCCGAUUGAGGACGAGUUCUCGCAUUUUGUGAACUCAAACAUCCAGGUCUUCAGUAAUGGCGACAUACGAGUGGUUCCCAAACAGGAGGAGACCGCCGAUGGCGAUGAGAAAGCGGACGAAACUGAGAGUAAAUGGCUGUCAGAGACUCAGAGGAAUGAUAGCCGAAAGAAGUCGAAGAAUAAGAGAUUGAGUUUGUAUUCAAAUAAAGCGAAUAAACGCCGGAAAGUCGGCAAUAAAAGUGUGGAUCAGAUUAAGGGGUGAUUUUCGUGGACAACGUGUUUGUUAUAGAUAUUGUGAAUUGACUUAUAUUUGAUAUGUAUUUAUGAUAACAAUAUAUUAAAAUGAAUUGCUUUUAUAUUAACA